AGAACUGUAAUCGCUUUUCUCAGAAUUUCUCUUUUGCUUUCCCAUCCCACCAUACCAUUCGAGAGAGAGAGAGAGAGAGAAAAUGAAGGAGGCGAGUCUCAUGGUAUUGUUGUUAUCUGCACUCCUACUACACUCAAUCGCUGAUGAUGGAGCUUUCGACGUUCGCCAGCAUGUCUCCACUGUUACGAGGUAUGGUGUUGUGAAGGACAUAUCUGACAAUUCGUUUGUACCUUCUAACAUUCCAGACCAAUGUUCUCCUAUCCAUUUGAAUCUUGUGGCGAGGCAUGGAACUCGUGCUCCAACCAAGAAAAAGUUAAAAGAGUUAAAUGAUUUAGCCAUGCGUAUGGAAGUUCUUCUACAAGACGCAAAAGAGCAGAAGUUGGCUUUGCAGAAAGUUCCUGCCUGGUUUCGAGGAUGGAAAUCUCCUUGGCAAGGGAAGCUCAAGGGUGGUGAAUUAAUUAGUGAAGGAGAAGAUGAACUGUAUAAUCUGGGGAUCAGAACCAGAGACAAAUUUCCACAACUGUUUAACGAGGAUUACGACCCGGAUGUGUAUGCAAUAAAGGCAACUCAGAUUCCUCGGGCAUCAGCUAGUGCUGUAGCAUUUGGCAUGGGGCUAUUUAGUGGGAGGGGAAAUCUUGGACCAGGGCGCCAUCGAGCUUUUGCAGUAACCAGCGAAAGCCGUGCAAGUGAUAUAUGGCUAAGAUUCCAUGAUUGUUGUCAGAACUACAAGGCCUUUAGAAAAAGUCAGGAGCCUGCCGUUCAUAAGCUUAAGGAACCUGCCUUGGAUGAAAUUACGCAUGCAUUAGUGAGGCGUUACGAUCUGAAUUUUACAAGACAAGAUACAUCUUCUCUCUGGUUUUUGUGCAAAAAGGAAGCAUCCUUAUUGAAUAUAACUGAUCAAGCUUGUGCUCUGUUCACUCCAUCUGAGGUUGUUUUACUGGAGUGGACAGAUGAUUUGGAGCUGUUCAUAUUAAAGGGUUAUGGUAAUGCAUUAAACUACCGGAUGGGAGUGCCAUUGCUUGAAGAUGUUGUUCAGUCCAUGGAACAAGCUAUUAAGGGUAAAGAAGAAGAACAUGCUCCUGGCAGUUAUGAAAAGGCAAGACUGCGGUUUGCUCAUGCAGAAACUCUGCUUCCAUUCUCAUGUCUGAUUGGGCUCUUUCUUGAAGGAUCCGAUUUUGAAAAAAUACAAAAGGAACAACCCUUGCAACUCCCUCCAAAGCCACCUCAGAGAAGAAAUUGGAGGGGCAGUGUGGUGACGCCUUUUGGUGGCAAUAAUAUGAUGGUACUUUAUAGUUGUCCAGCUAAGUCUUCAAGCAAGUACUUUGUGCAAGUACUGCAUAAUGAACAUCCCGUUCCAAUGCCAGGCUGUGACAAUUCUGAUUUCUGUCCAUUUGAAGUUUUCAAGGAAAGAAUAGUUGCCCCUCAUUUAAAGCACGAGUACAAUACAAUCUGUAAUUUGAAGUCGGAAAACCCAGAGCCGAUGGCUCUCACCACCAUGCCUUCUUAGCUUAAUUUUCAGAUGCGGGACUGCUGCCCCUAGCACCGUUUCAUUUUCUUUCAAGCCGUAGCUCACACAACUGGUUACACUCGCUAUCUGGUCCUAAGGUUCUAACUGUGGGGCAUAUCGGAUGAGAUAUGAUCAUUCAAUUGCUUGUUCUUGUAUAUGAUUCGAGGGAUCAAGAAGUUAUAAAUCUUGUAUACAGAUUGUCCCGGUGGCUUUUUACUUACCUGUUUCUCUUUUUGUUUAAUCUGAUUGCCUCUUUAGAUUGAUGUGCUCAUGGAAGUUGAACUUUUUAGUAGGCCCUAAUUCUGAUAUCAAACUUCCGGAUUAUAUGCACAAUUGUCCAUAGGUGACCAUUAUCCACCUCUUCAUUGAUUUCACGUUAGACAAGGGGUCCAUUACUUUGGAAGAAUCAAUGGAAAAUGUGAAGUAAUGUUCACCUACUAUGGGUGAACAAAAUCGAACGUAUUAUUUAUAAUUGGCGUGAUGUUGUGUAAUUGACUCGUGAUAAAUGUUCCUCUUGUGCACUUAUCUCUUACGCUA